UGGUACGUUCGGAGAAUAUUUAGAAAUUUUCGUUCGUACAAAUAAGUUAUGAGUCAUUAAAAAUGCGCGCCGCGUUGAAAACAAUGACUCACACUCAUUGAUAUAAUUUUGAUUUAUAAACAAUUAAGCUUUAUUAUAUGAAUUGAGAUCAUGUGGAAAUGAUGUUAGUAACUUUUGUCAAGCCGGCUGUUUCAUUUCUGAAUUGGCCAACGUGUCGUAAAACGUGUGUAUCUAUAAGUGGGGACGUGUAAUCGCUAAGUGGUUGCGAAGUCAAAGAACCGAAAGACAUCGCGUGAGAUAGUGCUUCAAAAUGCGUUUCCUCAAUGCUCCGAAUGUGACAAUGAUGAGCUGAAAUGACACAUGGACAAUGGCAAAAAUCGCGAAAGGAUCUGAUUCCAUACCCAUGGUUUUGGUGUGUGAGCAUUGCACUAACCAGACGUUCAAGCAAAUUCAAGAUUUCGUUAGGCACUUGAGAGAUCAACAUUGUGCGAGAGAAGGUGGAUCUUUCGUAUGUCUUUAUGGCUAUAAUGGGGUAUGCACCAGUCUUCCCGUGGAAGGUGUUUCUGACAAGGAUUAUAUAGCACAUGCCACUAAGCACGCAGCUAUGCAACAGCAACGAAAGAGCAAUGGUCAGUUAUCAGAGGCUGGCUCGUCAUGGACAGUGUAUUCCGCUGCGCAAAAUCUACCCGCUGUUUUAAACGAUCCAUUCAAGGGAAAACAAAGUAACUUUUUUACUCGUACUUGGGGAGAUGGAUUUGUGGAAAAAGUGGACAUUCCAAAGAGUCCUUAUCUUCCUGAAAUCACGAUGCAGCAUUUUGAAAUGUAUUUUAAAAAAAUAGCAAGGAGAUAUCGGAAACAUUCACGUAUGAAUUCGACUGCAAAUAGGUCGAUUACUCCAAAUGAAUUGCUCCAAACAUUUCCAAAUCUUAAGAACAUGAAAUCACUGGAUCGAUUGCAGUUUGACUUAUCUACUAUCAAAGAUUUCUUAGUACCAAACUUAGAUCUUUCACAAAAAGAUAGCUUUGAUGCUGUGUUUACGUUUGCAAAAGACGGUUUAUUAACUGAGGAAUGCAAUAUUGUCAUGCACGUGAAACAAAUGCAAGAGAAGCUCAGUCAUUAUUUGGACAUUGUGGAAGUCCGAAUAGCGGAGCAAGUCGCGUCCAAAUCUCAGGCCUUUUUCCAUGCAAUGACAUCUCAUGAUGCGCUCAUGGAACAACUUACUCAAACUAUUACGGUUCUAAAAGCUCUCAGGAAAAAUAUUCAUCAAGUUGAUAAGCAUCUAGUCAAGAACUCUUUGGAAAUUUUUCGCUUGGAGCGUGCCAGGUCUAACAGGUUAAUAGUUCAAGACAAAUUAAAACUUAUGGCAACUGUACAUCAAAGUCAACCUAUGAUACAAUUACUAUUAUCUACACCGGAUUAUGUUGCAGCAUUAGAUCUUAUUUCCACGACACAAGAAAUUCUCUUGCAGGAAUUGAACGGAAUACAUAGCUUUAGACAUUUAAGUUCUCAAUUAACUGAAAUGGAGAAACUUGUGGACAAGAUGUUAUCAACUGAAUUUCAAAGAUAUGCGACAGCAGAUCUCAAUAGACCAUUGGGUGGCGAGAAUAUCGUUUUAGACGGCGAUAAACUGGUUUCCAUCAUUUCUGGUCUACUACGUCAGAAACAUUUUCAAUUUGUGGACACGUACAAAGAGGAAGCUGUAACCACUAUAAGAGCCUUAACAAAGCAACGGGUGAUAGAGGCUUUGGCAGCUAGCGACUGUUGUAGCGAUCAGCAAGCGGCAGCUCUCGAAGUUGGAGGCCUUUCUUUGACGGAAAGAUUAACUUUGCUCCACAAUACUAUACAGUCUUUCACAUUUCUCCUAUUACGAGUUAAGGCAGUUCAUGAUGUGAUGAGAGAUACUGCAGAUUUAUCAGCGGGAUAUUUAUGCGAUGGCUUAUUCGACGAAACAGUACCUGAUCGUUUAUUAACUCAAGAAGAGCAUACGAGAGUAAUCACCAAACUCAAUGAUAUGAUUACCUCCGUAUGCGAUUAUUGCCACGAGCGAAUGGGAAAUCUGCUUUCAGCAGGAACAAAUGAAAAGGAUAAAUUUCAUAACGAUAAAAUUAUUGCUGAUGUUGCGCAGAAUAAAUUGGAGGACAAAGAAGGUCAAACGUGGAACGAUAAAAACUCUUGGUUGAGCGAUAGAGCAACAACCGCUCAAGUUUGCCAAUUAGCUAAUAUGGUCGAAGAAUUUACACACGCUUGCGAAAAACUCUGUGGCAAACAAUGCACUGCGUUACGAUCGGCAUUUAAGGCACAAGCGAGUAAAUUUGUCCAACGUUUUCACAAUGAACGCAAAACUAAGUUGACGCUGCUAUUAGAAUCCGAAAGAUGGAAACAAGCUGACGUACCGUUAGAAUUUCAGUCAUUGGUGACGUAUGUAUAUGAAAAGAAAUGUUUUCCGCCUAAAAUACUUACGCGCGAGGAUAGCACGAACAGUGAGAGCGUCGAGGCUUUUAUCAUGGUUGGCGAUGAAAAAUUUGCUGUUGUUGGGACUGCUCUGAUGCUCAUACAGAUGAUACACGAGUACUGCAGAACCGGUAGUGAAUUAGUUGCCUUGUCUGGAACUAUAGGGAGACAAUUAGCGGAACUGUUAAGACAUUAUAAUUCUCGAUGUUGUCAAUUAGUUCUGGGUGCGGGCGCAAUGCAAGUUGCAGGUUUAAAAACCAUCACAAGUACGAUCCUUGUAUUGGCGGCGCGAAGUCUCAAGCUUAUAUUGUGGUUUAUGCCUUUCGUCAAAUCACAUUUUCAAGCACUCACGGAACAAAAUCCUAGUCGAGGUCUUAUUGGCGUAUCUGGAUUAAGUGGAGGAGUAGCUUUAUUAGAUAGCGUUGAAAGAGACAUUCGUGCACACGUGCGUGAGAUUGAAGGAAAAAUUCUCACCAUUGUAGACAAUUUGCUAGGUGGACAAAUAUCCAAAUGGACAGCAAGACCUCCGGUGCCAUCCAAAUCUUUCAGAAAUAUCUCUAGUUAUCUAAUGAAACUUCAUGAAGCCGUCUCUGGAAUUUUGCCUACCAUUGAAGUACAAUCUCUUUACCGUACGGUAAAUUCAUCUUUCAAAGAAAAGCUUAGGGAGCAACUAGUUAAAAUGAACAUAGUAAACAAUGGUGGUCCGCAACAUGGCGUGGUCACGUCGGAACUCACGUUUUAUCUCGAAGCCUUAAGAAAAUUAAAUGUUCUACCGAGCGAAGAAUUAAAUGAUAAUUGGAUGAGUGACAUAUGGACUAGAUAACAUGCAGAGCGCGUGAUAUACUGCAUUAUAGAAGCAAUGAAAUAUUAUAGAAAUAGAUGACUAAUCUGUACAUUUGUCUUCCUUUGUAUCAUCCGUUACAUCUGAAAUCUGAAACAUAUAGCGAUGUCUAUCGAUUGUCCGAUAAAUUUUCUGAAAAAAAACCAGUAUUUACAUUGGAUCAUAAUUUUUAACAUAGCGAGUACUAUAAAGUGUAAAUAAUCGAUGAUAAAUAAUAUGAUAAACACGUGAUAGUAAAUCGCGAUAGAAUUUCAUAUAAGGAGGACAAGCAUGGUAUUUCUACAAAAUAGAAUAUUCAGUACGUAUUGGAAAGAGAAUCUCACGAAUAUUAAUUGUUCGUGUUAAUCUGGACAACAUUAAUUUUACUUAAUAAGUAAUUAUUCACACGUCACUUAUAGUUUUUAUAUUUAAAACUAUAGUUUUGUGCGGAUAUAUAUUGGACAAAUUGUCAUAUGCCUCUCAAGUAUUUUUACCAACCAUAGUGUUCAUACAAAAUCUCUAUAAAGUAAACAUAUAUUGUCAUAGAGAUAUACAUAGGAAUUUUGGAAAUGUUAUUUUCUGGGCUGAGGAUAAAAUAGUCGUGGAUGAAAUAGUUGCUGAAAGAAAUACUAUUUGUGUUUACUUGCAGUUUAACAUUAUUUUUUACAGACAUUUUAAUGUAUCAAGUUUGUUAUAGCAGGACUAAGCAUAAAAACUCGUUAGUAUUUUGUAUUUAGCAUGUGCGCGCAACCGAAGUUAUACGUCUUUGAAAUAAGUAUUUGUUUGCCAUAAAUGUUUCAGAUCAGUAAUUGGAUUAAACUGAGUUGUACAUAUAAUAUACAUACAAAUUAAACAAAAAAAGACAAAUGUGACUGCUUUGUUUGUUGUAUAAAUCAAACGUGUAUUAAUUAUAAUCAUUGAGAAAAUUAGCAAUGUCUGGUCUGCGUUCAAAUUCUUAAAAAAAAAAUUUAAUAUGACGCUAAUAGUUUUCUCAUAAUUGGUAAAAUCUUGUGCAAUUACUAAUUUAUUACAAUAAUUAUAUAAUCAUUAUUAUAUAAUUGUGAAGACUAAUGUGUUCGUAAUUAUGGAAAAAUUCUAAUGUCCAAAAAUUGUACACUCGCAUGUAUUAAUUUAGAAAAUGUUGAAUUUUAUUGCGGAUUGUAACGUGCAUUCUAUUCCUGACUUCAUCUAGUCCAAAUUGUACAUAACAUGCGCAAGAAAAGUACAUUAAAAUGAUACAUUUAAUUCAUAGAUAAAUUUAUGAAUUUAAAGAUUGCUAUGCGUUAUGAUUUAGCAGAGAUGUAUUAGCAUAUUGUUGUAACUUGCAUGUAUAACUCUGAAGACAUUUUUUACAUAACGGAAAAGUCGAAAUUGAACGAAAGUGUUCAGAGUUGAUAUUAUAUAAUUUAAAAAAAAAAGAUAUCCUUGUGUGUGUGGAUUUCUUUAUUAAAGACUGAUGACAUCUCGUGAAAUCAUUGCGCAUACGAGUGAAGCGUUACGUAGAAAUGAUUAAUAUAUGUAGAUGUGUAAAUUAUUAUACCUUGUACUAUCUUGCAUAAUGUAUAAUAAAUAUCAACAUAAAUAAUUAAUAAUAUUGCAGUUGA